UAUUACUCUAUCAAUGUCUGUCUGUCAAUGUGUGGCUCUAUGGUCUGGCUGUUAGUAAACAAAUAUAAAAAUCGUUUUUUAAAGAAAACAAGUUGAAACGAAACAAAAUAUCAUGUCCUCCACACUAUUAGUUCAAAAACUGGCGUCAGUUAAGUUAAGCAAAAGUGAAUUUGACAAAAUUAAAUGGCUUAAAGCUAACAACAUGGAGAAAUCAUAUAAGGCUUUAACUUCCCUAAGAAAGGUGCUGAAAGCCCAAGAAAAUAAGAAUAUUUGCAGACUGUGCCUAAAAGUAGGGUGCAAGAAGAUAUUUAGCAGUCAAGACUUUGACAUUGUAGCCGGGAUCAGGCAAAUAUUACAAGUACAGGUAGAAGAAAAUGAUAGCAAGCCUCAACACAUUUGUCGAGCAUGUGAAGUUGUGCUGAAAAGUGCAGUGAAGCUGAAAGAAACCGCUGAGGUCUCUCAAUGGAGGUUACAUCAGGAACUUGAAAUGAUGAGUCGCAUUACGCCGGAAAGUGACAUGAAAGUUACCAGACAUCACGGCGGAUAUUUCAUAAAAAGAGGCGCGAAAAUCGUGAGGGAAUGGGCCUGUGGAAAAUGUAGACAGACUUUUGUUAGUCAGGAGGCGUUCACAGAACAUGAGGCGUUGCCGACUUGCCGUAGUGAUAACAAGAGUUUUGUAUGUGAAACUUGCGGCCUGGAGCUCAAGUCCAUGACUAGGUUAAAAAGGCAUAGGCUAAUACACACGGGCGAGCUACAGUACUCGUGCUCUAGUUGCGCGUACCGUGCUCGCACUAAGUACGCUCUGCUCGUGCACUCGCGGUCUCACUCGGGCGAGCGGCCGCUGUCGUGCUCACACUGCGCGGCUACAUUCUUCAACUCGUCCAAUCUAGCGUCGCAUAAACGCAGGCAUUUGCCGCCGGCGUUUCAUUGUGAGCUGUGUGAGAGGAGCUUUAGGUUUAAGGAGGCUCUACAAAAUCAUCAAGCAACUCAACACAGUACAGCAAAGCCACAUAUUUGUAACUCAUGUGGGAAAGCCUUUUCUACCAGAAAGAUGAUAUGCCGCCACGAGCGAAGAGUCCACAACAGGCCCAAGUUGCGUUCAGGAGUAACUCCAACAUACUUACGACAGCAACAGGAGAACUUAACAUGAUCUACUGCAUGUAAUACCUAAGCAGCUGUGAAGAGAUUGACUGCAUCACUGAAUGUGACUAAAGCCAAAGUUCACCAAUAACAUAAACAUCAGAUUUUCUUAAAACUGUAUACUUUAAAACUUGGAUGUGAAAAUUCACAGUAUGCAUGUAGUGUUGUUGUAAGGAAAUUGGUGUUUAUGUUGGCCGAGAACUCGGGCCGUAUUUUGAGCAUGUGAAAUAUUUGUUGUAACUUAUUGUAUGGGAUGCCGAAACUUAUUUGUAGAAAAGUUCAGUUGAUUAAAUUAUAUCGAAAAAUUGCAUCAGAAAGUUAUUACUGCAUCAACAUAGUUAAUCUAUUGUAAGCAACCUUUUACAAAUUGAAGAUUUAGGUAGCGUCUGGACUGAAAAUGUAAUGUUUAUAAAUUAAUAUUUGUGUGGAGUUAUUUUGUUGUGAGUUAUUUUGCAUCAUCUGACUACAGGUGUCUUGUUUGUUUAGAAGAACUUUAGUAUGUAAGAUCUACAGACUUGAAAUAAAUUAUGAUAAUAUGUCAAAAACCUUGUUUUCUUUAUAUUUGGACCUAACAUCAAUAGUCAAUAGUGCAAAGAUAGUGAGACUCAUAAUUAGAUCCAACUAGACAAUAGACGCUACUGGCAUACACUGCAUAGUUACUUUAUUUUGGGCGAAUUACAGAUGCCUUGAUUUGCAAAAACUAACCUCACUUUGCAAAUGUCACUGUUCCAACACUGGAUGAAGAUAUUUCAAGAAAUACAACAACAACAUAGGUUUUUUUGGAUUUUAUUAGUAACUUACAGUCCUAACCGUCACAUCACUUCUUGGCGGCCGCUCCUACUUUAGAUUUCUUGGUACCACGCACCUUCUUCAUCCUGUUCUUACGUUCCUUACGCUGCUUGCGUGUGGGCCUCUUCUUUUCGUACAGACCGUGGCGGGCCAGCCUGUGCUUAGGCUCGAACUUCUUGGCCAAGUCCAGUGUGUCGUAGAUGAGGGCGAAGCCAGUGGACUUGCCACCACCGAAGUUGGUCUUGAAUCCGAACACGAACACAACAUCGGGCGUCACCUUGUACAUCUUCGCCAACUUCUCGCGGAUCUCAGUUUUGCUGACGGUGGGCUUGCCUGGGUGGAGGACAUCGCAUACCAUCUGCUUGCGCG